UCUUUACUUCGAUCUCUAAAUCCGGGAACGAAAACCAAAUGCAGCAGGAUAGCAUUUGUAUGCAUCGACGGUCGCAAAUGCCGCGUCGUUGCCAUGGAAAUGAAACCGCGAUAGAAUGUUUGUUGUGCAAACAGUUUAGUGCAGGGAGUCAGUUCAAACAUAAGUGUCGUGGAUUUGUACGAAAAUAAUACCACCGUUUGAGAAAAAAGCUACAAAAAUGGGCGAAAGCGCUUUAGCGACCGACUCCUCCUUCAACAAAGAGCUCGAACCCGGUGUGAUUAGCAAUGAAAUGCUGACGAAAGCAAUUUUAGAGCAGGGCCACAAAGGAGAAGCUGGACGCUUGGCUCAGCUGAACCAGUUACACUUGGAAACUGUAACCGUGAUAAGGUUGGAGUUUCAGAACAUUCUGAAAAUUGACCAUCUGUGGGUAAUGAAAAAUUUGGAAGUUCUCUCGCUGUCGUUCAACAAAAUCGAUAAAAUCGAAAACCUGUCACGGCUUCCCAAAUUGAAGGAAUUGAAUCUUUCAUUUAACUUUAUCGAAAAAAUCGAAAAUCUAGACAAGUUGGAAAAUUUAAGAAUCUUGUCGCUGUACGGCAAUCGCAUCAGGCGUAUCGAAAACAUCGACAAACUAGAGCGCCUGGUAAUACUAAGCGUUGGGCGUAAUUCCAUCAACACGCUGGACGGGUUGGAGCGGUUGAGGUUCUUGAAAGAUCUGCGAUCGCUCAAUCUGGCGGAAAAUCCAAUCGCACAGGAUACAGGAAAGCCUUUACGAUUGUAUCUAGCAACGUUGCUGCCUCAGCUAAAAUACUACGAAUACGUAUUGAUCAGACCAGCAGAGCGAGAUGCUGGAAAGGAAAAAUUUCAGAGGGAGUUGAUCGACAUCCUGGAGCAUGAAAGAAUCGAGAUAAUAGAGCGCACCAACGCGGCCAAGGAGCGAGACGACGAGAUACGACUGUCGAAAAGUUUUGUAGAGCAUCUUAACGGUCAUCAGUUGUUUGAAUCGCUGUUCCAGGGAGAUCCGGAAGGGGCUGCCCUGCUGAGCAUAGGAGCUGAAGCGGUAGAUCUUAAGAAUGACUAUCGAAACGAAGCUUACUCGUUUACGCAGAAUAUAUACAAGAUGGGCUUGGAACAGCAGGAAAAACGGCAAGCAGAAAUUGAACUGUACGACCGAUGCAUAAGGGAUGAGCGAAAGAAGGCCCAAUUAAUGGGACAAAAGAUCAUCAACAACUUCCUAGACUCGUUCAAGAAUUUGUACAAACUAGCAAAGGAAAUCGUGGCCGGCUUGAAGGGACGAGAUUUAAACAGCAAAACGUACAAUGCCGAAACGGAGAAGCUGCUGGACGAUCUGAACCUGUGCAAAAGUGGCUUCAACUCACUGUUUGAGGACACCUGGCACACGCUCAUGGGGAUCGAGAUGCAGCUAUUCGAACGAACCGAGGAGGGAAAUUCGACGUUUGAAAACACUAUCAAAGAAAUGACGAACGAAUUCAUUGAGAUGGCACAGGGCCAGUUUGUGCUGUUGCGAGAGGCGGAGAUAAACUUUAGCGAUGCGCUCGUCGAUACCGUGCAGCAGUUUGUUACGUUUAAGGCGGCUUCAGGCCAGGCGGAUCAUUUGCCCGACGCCUUGAAGGAGUCCCUGGACGACAAGGAUGUUAUCAGCAAUAUGGCAGCGGGCAUGCGCGACCAACAUAUGCAGCAGAUAGAUGCACGGGAAGACAAACUGAUCACCCGAAGCCGUAACUGGGUUAAGGAACUGUGCGAUGAUCUUCAAAAUUCUGAAAUCAAACGGAAUCGUGCCAAAGUGCUAGAGAUCACAUACUUUUUGGAUCAACAUCGUCAGUCGUUUAUGAGCGCGUUAGACGAGGUAGCAAGCAAGCUGGAAGUGUAGUGUGAGUUGGCUUUUUCUUUUCUAUUAAUAAAAAUACCUACACGAACG